GUCGUCUGACAGUUUUGAAGAAAUGGUACCAAACACUAGUAUUCCUCUGUUUAUCGACAGGAGGCCAUCUCUCCACGUAGUACCGUACACACUUGCUGGCGACUACUCACAUGUGAUAAUAUAGAUUGAUGUUAACAGCGCCGCUCCACACCUAUAACACUGUGGCUCAUACAUUUAACAGAGGAGUGCUUGGUAGAAUGGCAGGAACCUGCCUACCUGUCCAAAUUCGUCAACUGUUCUGUAGGCGGAGUUUUACACAGAUUCUUUAUCAUAUAUUUAUAUCAUCGACGGUUUGUCGACAUGCUUAUUCUAGAAAAUCAAUCAACAUCGGACCAUCAGUCCAAUUAACCAGGAGCUGUGUCUCUGUGUUUUAGACGCCUGAUACAACUACACCUAUACAUCUGAUAAACAUUGAAUUUUCUGUCAUUCGUGGAGUACUAGUCAAAAUUCUCGUCAGCUGUGUGCUUUGUGCUAUGUUUUGUUGUUGUAACAUCGGGGUAUGUAAAAACCCACGCUUUGUCACAGUGUGAUAUGGAAUAGCAAUACGGCUAGCUUGUUGGUUCCGUUUUUGAUUAUCAAACUUUUUGGAACGAUUAUUUCUACGUGUAGUGGAUAUCGUUGACGUAUUCCCUGAAUGAGACUUGCUUCUCCUUCGUAACCAGAGACGCUUGGAUAGUCAUAUAUUAGGAGUCUGUGUAAACGACGUAGUGCACAUACUGCUGUGGUACAAUCGCUUGUUUAUAACGGUGCGACAGGAUAAAUGAUGACUUCACUAGGCACAAUGGGUUUUAUUAAUAACAGUACGACCGUUGCAUACGAUGCCAUUUAUUUGAAAACUAGAGAUAUGAACGUGAAUGGUUCUAUACCAGAAUUCAAACAGUUUCCCAAGAAUGUGACACCUGUACCAUCCUGUAUAACAGCAGGUAUCGGUACACUAGGGAACAUUAUCGCCAUUUUGAUUCUCUUUCGGUCCUCCAAAACGCAUAAAUGGAAGACAUUUUACUGCCUCGUGCUGGCACUGACUAUAACUGACCUUGUUGGUAUUUUAGCCACUGCCCCUGUUGUUCUGUUGGUGUAUGCCAACAGCAUCCAGUUUCGUGGGGGACAACCUGUAUGUGACUACCUGGCAUUCAUGAUGGUAUUUGCAGGGUUCGCAACAAUUUGUAUCGUAACAUCAAUGUCUUUUGAUCGGUUUCUGGCUGUAUGGUUCCCAUAUUCAUAUAACACGACCGUCACACGGAGGCGCGUGGUGGUGACUCUUCUUAUUAUCUGGUCUAUGGCUAUCGUUCUAGGAUGCCUACCUAUAUUCGGAUUAGGGCAUAAUAUCACACAAUACCCAGGGACCUGGUGCUUCUUCAACUUCCACAGCACUCUUAUAAUGGAUAGUGUCUUUGCCAUUCUGUAUGCAUCGCUUGGUAUAGGGAUCAUUACGUUCACGGCAGUAAUGAACGUGUUAGUUUCUGUUAAACUCAAACAGCAAAAGAGAAGGUACAGCUGUGUGAUCAAGGUGUCAUGUAGUCACCAAGAUCAGAAUCCCACACGGUGUCUGAGGAGUAACGUAGCACAGAUGAUAUUCCUGGUGUCGGUGACCUUGGUAUUUGCUGUGUGCUGGCUUCCCUUGAUGAUUCAGGUGUUGCUAAAACAAAGUCAGAGAAGCUCUGGACCUAACUGGGUUGAUCUGUUGACCGUGCGUCUCGCCACUAUUAACCAAAUACUCAAUCCUUGGAUCUACAUCAUUCUGCGGAAAGAAUCCCUCUCGUACCUCUCUACAAAAUGGAAGCUAUGUAAGAUACCAUGCACACGGGCGCCAGACAACAACAAUGAAACAGAUUUACAAACUUCUGUCACAAGUAGAAAACACAAUACAUGCACUGUCAUCGAUAGGAUAGACUUCAAAAUAUCAGCAUAGGAGAUGUUAUACUGAAGCAUUCCUGUCAUUAGUAUUGCCCUCAUGAUAACUGAGUGAAUCCAUACCAUCAGUGUGUCAUCCGGAAGGGAAGCAUUCCUGUCAUUACUAUCACCCUCAAAACGACUGAGUGAAUCCAUACCAUCAGUGUGUCAUCCGGAAGGGAAGCAUUCCUGUCAUUACUAUCACCCUCAAAACGACUGAGUGAAUCCAUACCAUCAGUGUGUCAUCCGGAAGAGAAGCGUUCCUGUCAUUACUAUCACCCUCAAAACGACUGAGUGAAUCCAUACCAUCAGUGUGUCAUCCAGAAGAGAAGCAUUCUGUCAUUAGUAUCGCCCUCAUAAUUACCGAAUGAGUAAGACGAUUGAUUGAAGUUCAGAUUUUCUUGUCAGAAAUUGCCAACAAGGUUGACUGUAAAUGUGCAUGUUAGUCGAUUACCUUACAGGCACCAACUAUUACCGAAACCUACCAUAAUCAUAAUAACUAUCGUCAAUCACAACGCGUUACGCUGUAAAAUUGGGGAAAUGGGUGAUAUCUGAGCACGCUGAUAUUUGAAAGUUUGCAGACAAAGUUAUGUCAUUCAUUCUUUCACCAACUUCGGGCUCUUAGAAACGGAUUGUAUGUUUUUUCUUAACAAUUAACACGCGAAAGGAUGUACGGGCAUUAACCUCCAAUGGUUCACGCAACAUUAUCUAUGCUCGCAAAUUAAAUUGAUUGUCAGAAUGGAAAUUUACCGUGAUUGUCGGGUUAGAAAAUUACCAUUGUUGACAGGUAACAAACUGACCGUGAUUGGAAGGUUAAAUAAUUACCGUGAUUGACAGGUAAGAAAAUGACCGUGAUUGGCAGGUAAGAAAAUGACCGUGAUUGACAGGUUAGAAAAUUACCGUGAUUCGCAGGUUGGAAAAUGACCGUGAUUCGUAGGUUCGGAAAUUACUGUAAUUGACAGGUUAGAAAAUGACCGUGGUUGUCUGGUAGAAAAUAACCGAGAUUGGCAAGUCAGAAAAUAUCCGCCGUGAUUCGAAGGUUAGGAAAUGACCGUGAUUGACGGGUUAAAAAAUGACCGUGAUUCGCAGGUUGGAAAAUGACCGUGAUUCGCAGGUUGGAAAAUGACCGUGAUUCGCAGGUUGGAAAAUGACCGUGAUUCGUAGGUUGGAAAAUGACCGUGAUUGACAGGUUAGAAAAUGACCGUGAUUCGUAGGUUGGAAAAUGACCGUGAUUGACAGGUUAGAAAAUGACCGUGGUUGUCUGGUAGAAAAUAACCGAGAUUGGCAAGUCAGAAACUAUCCGCCGUGAUUCGAAGGUUAGGAAAUGACCGUGAUUGACAGGUAAGAAAAUGACCGUGAUUGACAGGUUAGAAAUUUACCGUGAUUCGCAGGUUGGAAAAUGACCGUGAUUCGUAGGUUCGGAAAUUACUGUAAUUGACAGGUUAGAAAAUGACCGUGGUUGUCUGGUAGAAAAUAACCGAGAUUGGCAAGUCAGAAAAUAUCCGCCGUGAUUCGAAGGUUAGGAAAUGACCGUGAUUGACGGGUUAAAAAAUGACCGUGAUUCGCAGGUUGGAAAAUGACCGUGAUUCGCAGGUUGGAAAAUGACCGUGAUUCGUAGGUUGGAAAAUGACCGUGAUUGACAGGUUAGAAAAUGACCGUGAUUCGUAGGUUGGAAAAUGACCGUGAUUGACAGGUUAGAAAAUGACCGUUAUUCGUAGGUUGGAAAAUGACCGUGAUUGGCAAGUCAGAAAAUAUCCGCCGUGAUUGACAGGUUAGAAAAUGACCGUGAUUGGCGGGUUAAAAAAUGACCGUGAUUCGCAGGUUAAAAAAUGACCGUGAUUCGUAGGUUGGAAAAUGACCGUGAUUGACAGGUUAGAAAGUGACCGUGAUUCGUAGGUUGGAAAAUGACCGUGAUUGACAGGUUAGAAAGUGACCGUGAUUGACAGGUAAGACAAUGACCGUGAUUGACAGGUUAGAAAAUGAACGUGAUUCGCAGGUGAAAUAAUCAGUUACUGUCAGUAAAUUUCCCGGUCAUGAUACAUGACGAGUCUGUAAAAGCAUGUUCUAAAUGCCAAAGUACCUUGUAAGAUUUUGUCAGUGUGCCUUCUGUGAUCUUAACAAAAAAAUUGAGGUCAGUCAGUGAAGAAUAAUACUAGGAAGCAUAUGCAUAAUAAUGAUUUAUUGUUUCCUUAAUAUAACGCAAUGACGUUCACUGUUCAAAUCAUCUCCACUGCACAUAACCUGGUAUAUUGAUGUAUAUUACCUGGCAUUUUGCUGUGUAUUACCUGGUAUAUUGAUGUAUAUUACCUGGUAUGUUAAUGUGUAUUACCUGGUAUAUUGAUGCGUAUUACCUGGAAUAUUGAUGUGUAUUACCUGGCAUUUUGCUGUGUAUUACCUGGAAUAUUGAUGUGUAUUACCUGGUAUAUUGAUGUAUAUUACCUGGUAUAUUGAUAUAUAUUACCUGGUAUAUUGAUGUGUAUUACCUGGUAUAUUGAUGUGUAUUACCUGGUAUAUUGAUGUAUAUUACCUGAUAUAUUGAUAUGUAUUACCUGGUAUAUUGAUGUGUUUUACCUGGUAAAUUGAGGUAUAUUACCUGGUAUAUUGAUGUGUAUUACCUGGUAUGUUGAUGUAUAUUACCUGAUAUAUUGAUUUGUUUUACCUGGUAUAUUGAGGUAUAUUACCUGAUAUAUUGAUGUGUAUUACCUGGUAUAUUGAUGAGUAUUACCUGGUAUAUUGAUGUGUAUUACCUGGUAUAUUGAUGUGCAUUACCUGGUAUAUUGAUGUGUAUUACCUGGUAUAUUGAUGAGUAUUACCUGGUAUAUUGAUGUGUAUUACCUGGUAUAUUGAUGUGUAUUAUCUGGUAUAUUGAUGUAUAUUACCUGAUAUACUGAUGUAUAUUACCUGGUAUAUUGAGGUAUAUUACCUGAUAUAUUGAUGUGUAUUACCUGGUAUAUUGAUGAGUAGUACCUGGUAUAUUGAUGUGUAUUACCUGGUAUGUUGAUGUGUAGUACCUGGUAUAUUGAUGUGUAUUACCUGGUAUAUUGAUGUAUAUUACCUGGUAUGUUGAUGUGUAUUACCUGGUAUAUUAAUGUAUAUUACCUGGUAUAUUGAUGUGUAUUACCUGGUAUAUUGAUGUAUAUUACCUGGUAUAUUGAUGUAUAUUACCUGGUAUAUUGAUGUGUAUUACCUGGUACGUUGAUGUAUAUUACCUGGUAUAUUGAUGUGUAUUACCUGGUAUGUUGAUGUGUAUUACCUGGUAUAUUGAUGUGUAUUACCUGGUAUAUUGAUGUGUAUUACCUGGUAUAUUGAUGUGUAGUACCUGGUAUGUUGAUGUAUAUUACCUUGUAUAUUGAUGUGUAUUACCUGGAAUAUUGAUGUGUAUUACCUGGUAUGUUGAUGUGUAUUACCUGGUAUGUUGAUGUGUAUUACCUGGUAUAUUGAUGUGUAUUACCUGGUAUAUUGAUGUGUAGUACCUGGUAUGUUGAUGUAUAUUACCUGGUAUGUUGAUGUGUAUUACCUGGUAUAUUGAUGAGUAUUACCUGGUAUAUUGAUGUGUAGUACCUGGUAUGUUGAUGUAUAUUACCUGGUAUGUUGAUGUGUAUUACCUGAUAUGUUGAUGUGUAUUACCUGGUAUAUUGAUGUGUAUUACCUGGUAUAUUGAGGUAUAUUACCUGGUAUGUUGAUGUGUAUUACCUGGUAUAUUGAUGAGUAUUACCUGGUAUAUUGAUGAGUAUUACCUGGUAUAUUGAUGAGUAGUACCUGGUAUAUUGAUGAGUAGUACCUGGUAUAUUGAUGUGUAUUACCUGGUAUAUUGAUGAGUAUUACCUGGUAUAUUGAUGUGUAUUACCUGGUAUAUUGAUGUGUAUUACCUGGUAUAUUGAUGUGUAUUACCUGGUAUAUUGAUGAGUAUUACCUGGUAUAUUGAUGUGUAUUACCUGGUAUAUUGAUGUGUAUUACCUGGUAUAUUGAUGAGUAGUACCUGGUUUAUUAAUAAUGUUGAUGAGUGAUUGAUAGGUUCGUUUUUAUUGAUGUAAACAGCAAAUGUUUCGUUCGCUGUUGUAAUCCUUGUAGAUAAAAAUAAAGUAUUUUUUCUAGAAUAUA